AUGGAUAUCGAUGAUGAAUACAACAUAAGUGAUACAGAUGAUGAACCCACCUCGGAAAAUACGAGUGAUGUUGUUUUAAUCACAAACAGUGAGGUUACCUACUACGGGGAUUCUGAUUUGGAAGACUUUGCUGAUGAAGAGGAUGUUCCUGAGCAGUCAAAAUCAUUAGAAGGGGGGGUUUCACAGCAGUCAAAAUCUGAAUGCAAAAGCAAUGUGACAGGAAGUUCCCAGCAGGACCAUAGUAAGCACGAAAAUUAUAAGGAGCCAUAUGAUAUUGAUGCUGAAAUGAAUAAACAACGAAAAAAGAUCAAGGCUCAUCAGAAAUCUAGGAUCAUGUCACUGGGAGCUGUUGGGAUGAGAUUAUUCAACAUUAUGAGGACAUUUGUCAGUGACACUGGAAAGUACAGCAGGGUAGGAUUUGUAAGAAAGGAUCUUUACAACAUGUCUUGCCGUGAAAAGAGGAAGAUGAUCGCAAAGGGUGACGCCAACACAACCAUUGGCAUUAUGGAGAAGAGGAAGAGAGAUGAUCCUGAAUUCUUUUUUGAUUACAAGUCUCGGCAGGACUAUGUCGACUUCGGUGACGUGCUGGUGUUUGACAGCACGUACAAAACAAAUCGGUAUGCUAUGACGUUCAUACCUUUUGUGGGAAUGAAUAAUCACCGCCAGGCUAUUGUUUUUGCAUGCGCCAUUGUCUCAGAAGAGAAGGAAGAAACAUAUAAGUGGUUGCUAGAAACAUUCCUGAAAGCCAUGUAUCAGCAGAAGCCUAAAGGGGUCAUCACUGAUGGGGACGCUGCAAUGAUCGCCGUUGUUGGUAAAGUCUUUGCAGGCGUGUGGUACCGUGUUUGUAAGUGGCAUAUUGAGAAGAACAUGAAGAAGCACCUUGACCCCCUGGCUCACAAUGAAUUCCGGUCGCUGUUGUACUACAUCACUUCGGAACAAGUAUUCGAGGAGAGACGGAGGGCAUUCGUCGAGAAGAACCAGACGGCAUUUACCAAAGAAUGGAUGAAGAGGAUGUAUAAUAGGAAGAAGUUGUGA